AUGGCAAAGAUUUUAACACGUCUUUAUGAAAGGUAUGGGGACAGAGAUCGAGUUAGAGACAAACACAUGAUAUUUCUGUACACAAAGAGAAGAGACCACAGCGUGUUUGAGAAUUGCAGCACCACAAGGAGCCCUGACCCUCGAGGACGUGUUGUGUGGGAGAUGAAGCGGUAUCCCUCCCAGCCGACCACACUCUCCGAACGUGGCCAGUUUGUGGUGAUGUGGGUGAGGGGCAAGUCCGCACGAACCAUCGCACGGGAGACCGGCGUGAGUCCCUCCACAGUCUGCAGCGCCGCUGUCCCGAAGGCAGUCACACUGGUGGUGGUAGCGCUGCUCACCUGCGUAAAGUGGGCACACGCAAUAUUACUCCUUCCGCACAUUAAAGAAAUGACGGAUUUCCAGUCCGUGGAGUCCAUCACGCGACACCUGCCAUGUAGACACGCUACGCUGCUGUUGACCGACGGCCGCCAGGACGUAGAGGCGGUGAGGGCGCCGCAGGGCGUCACUGUCUUCCAAGUGGAGGGAGACCACCUGUCUGGCAACGCCACGCUGGAGACGAUAGUCGACGAAAUUCGUCAGCUGGGAGCGGCGUGGCACUGCCUGGUGGUGGUGGUGGUGAGUGAUGACCCAGCCUUCCUCGCCGCUUUCGCUCACCUGUCACUCAGGCGUCACGCCCUCAGGUGGUCCACGAGGAUCCUUGUCCUCACUCGCCUCCCUCUCAGCCACCUUGGCGGCCUGCACGGCCUUCUCUCCAACAGGAACGCCAUGUUGCUCCGAGUGCAGGGCACGACAAUCAGCAGUCAGGUCGGGGUGUCGGUGUGGCAGCCGUACAGCGCCCCCACCAGCACGCCCCUGAGGGUGGCCACCUGGACGCCGCACGGGAGGUUGUCUCUCGCCUCCCACGUGUUGCUUUUCCCCGAUAAGUUCUCAGUGUUCAGCUCUGCCCCGACUCUGACGGUGGCCAUCGAGGUGUUGCCAUACCACAGACUGUCGUGGGUGAACGACGCGGACGCCCCUGGUGGCCGUCGCCUGGAGUUUAAGGGAUACGUGGACAACAUCGUGAGGCACUUCGCCAAGGCACUCAACUUCACGCCGCUGUAUACACUGUCGCCCGAGAGAACCUUCGGCACCAGGCUGUCUGACGGCUCCUGGACUGGCCUGAUCGGCAUGGUGGUGCGCCAGGAGGCAGACUUCGCGCCUGGCCCCUUCAUCAUCAGUCCCGUACGGAGAGAGGCGGUGGACCACUCAACAAUACUGCGUAAUGGAAACCUGAGGAUACUGAGCGGCCUGUCACGACUGACCAUUGACCCUUGGGGCUUCUUGCUGCCCCUCACGCCCCUGGUGUGGGCAGUCACCCUGGCGGCGCUGCUGGGGGUGCUCUUCGUGCUGCAGCUGUUUCCAUCAUGCCUGCCUGACAGGUCGCUCCUUCGAGGCGGCUGGUCCGCCAACACCUUCAGCCCUGUGCGCGUCCUCCUGCAGCAAGACGUGGUGUGUCCCGCGCAGUGGUGGUUGUGGGAGCGUCUGGUGCUGGGGCUGUGGAUGCUGACCACUCUGGUGCUGACCAAGAGCUACUCCGGCAAUCUCAUGUCCCUGCUGGCUGUUAAGUAUCUGCCGCAGCCCUUCCAGACCCUGAGGGACAUUCUGGAUCAUCCGCACGUCGCCAUGAUAGGACAGAAACAUUCUAAUUUCGAGCAAAAUCUUAGGGACGUCAAGUCAGGCUUGUUCAAGGAAGUGGCAAGUCUGGAGGACGAGGGUCGCCUGGAGUUCCACACACAGUCACAGUACUUGAAGAGUCUGGACAACCUGGUGAGGCGAGGACACCACGUGCUGGUCGAUGUGGACCUCAACCUGAGGAGUCUCAUUGCUUUGGAUUUCUCUCGGGAAGGCCAGUGUGAUUUCUACAUCUCAAGGGACGGCUUCUUGCCACACUCGGCGGUCAUGGUUUUCCAGAAGACGAGUGCGCUCACCGAAUCCUUCAAUAAGAGACUGCAUUCACUUAUUGAACAGGGGCUCAUAUCGUACUGGAUGGAGAACGUCCCCAAUUUUACAGAGUGUGAAAACGUUCCAAAGAAAAUGUUGGUGACCUCUCACAUCUCGCUGUCUAACAUCUGGGGAGUGUUUGUAGUGGUGGGCGUGAGUCUGGCUGGCGGACUGCUGGUUUUGUUCGCCGAGGUCAUUGUUGGACCCACCACAGAACACUGGCUCAUGACUCGUGACAUGAACCGAACCACGAUGACCACAGCACGGCAGCCAUACUGACACCCUCCCACCAGGCCCUGGCAUGCUCAGUGCUGCACCACGUGAGACGAAGCUUCACGAACAAUUAUUGUACAAAAAUGUACAAAAAUAUAACAAUUUGACUGCCUGUGGUUUGAUUCCGCCAGUGAACAUUUUUGUUGCUGCACUGGACUGAAUGAGAUGCGUAAU